ACAUAGCUGUUCAUUGGCGGCCAUUGAUCAUCUGAUAUCGGCAAUGUUAUCGAUUAGUUAACUGUCAACGGCUUCCCCUUACACAGAAGCUGUUUUAACUUGUUCAGCUAGCUAGUGAAUGGCUAACUGAGUCUCUUGUGAUGGUCUGGAGUUCUUCAUCAUAACUAAGGAGAAGCUGAGAUGGAAGACUGCAAUGGGGAAGACCUAAUAGAGACACCUGAGCUUCCUCUGGAGAUCAUAGUUUACAUCCUGAGCUUUCUUCACACUUCAGACAGGAAGGAAGCAUCGCUGGUCUGCCGCAGCUGGUACUAUGCCAGUCAAGACUCACACUUUCAGAAGAAUGUCACCUUCUGCUUCCCGGCUUCAGCCUCGUCUCUGGAGCUGAUCAGAGGUCUGGGCAGAAAGUCACGCUGCAGUCUUAUUAUCAGCCAGCUUGAUGGGUUCAGUAUGUCCAGAUCACUGCUUCUGGAGGUGGGUCUGAGCUUGGGCUCUAAGUUGGAGAGCUUGGCCCUGCCUGGUAGCAGUAUAACAGAGGCCUCUCUGCUUGCACUCCUCCCUCGCCUCACCUCCCUCCGCAGGCUGGACCUCAGGGGCCUGGACAGCCUCUUCAUGUCUGGGGCUUUCCUCUCCAGGGAGGAGCACAGACAGCAGGUGAGGGCAGCUCUGUCUGGUCUGGAGGAGCUGGAUCUGUCCGACCUGCGGUACCUCUCCGACGUCACUUUCAACCGGCUCACGGGCUGUACCCCUCGCCUCCGCCGCCUCUCGCUGGCCGGCUGCCAUAUCGCCUUUGAGUUCGACCCAUAUCGAGGGUGCCCGGUGGGAGACGUUAAGGACUCGUCAGCAUUGCUGUCACUGAGGAAUUUGCGGAGGUUGUUAACAGAGCAGAAAUCCACCAUCGUAGCUCUGGACCUCAGCAGAACCUCUAUUACCCCUGAGUCACUACGCACUAUUGCACAGGUUCAGGAUUUGGUCUUAGAGGAACUGUGUCUGCACGGCUGUAAGGAGCUGACUGACUACUCCAUGGAGGUUCUGGUGAAGCACCAGCCGAGCCUCCAAAGACUGGACAUCAGUGCCUGCACUGAGCUGACCAGCAGGUCUGUAGAGGCCAUAGCACGGGGCCUUAAGUCACUGACACACCUCUCCUUGUCUCGCGAUUGGAGGAUCACUGAAAAAGGCCUUGCUGACCUUUUGUCUAUGUCGUUCCUGAGGAGUCUGGAUCUGUCUGAGUGUCUGCAUGUCAGCGGAACAGAGAUAGUGAAAGGCUUGUCGGGAUCCAAAGCUGCCAGAGCACAGCUGGAGACACUCAGCCUCAAGGGCUGCACCUACAUUAGGGAUUUCGCAGUUUUCUCUCUCACCCAGCUUCUAGGGGACACUAUCCGUGAGCUUGAUUUGACGUCAUGUGUCAACGUGACUGACUUGUCUGUGCGUGCAAUAGCCACGUACCUGCAGAAGCUGGUAGUUCUGCGGCUCGGCUGGUGUAAAGAAGUCACAGACUGGGGUCUGCUCGGGAUUGAGGAAACGACGAAAAGUGAGCCUGACCAGGAGACGGGAGAUAAGGGUCCCAGGUUCACCCGUACCUUUGGCAACAUGGGCUUCUUCAAGCCGCCACGUUUGCCGUUUGAGGAGCGACCCAAGCUGGUGACACAGAAUGACCUGCAGCAGUUCAAACAGCAGGCUGGAGCUUCACUUUUAGCGCUCAACAGGCUGCAGGAGCUGGACCUCUCUGCCUGCCCCAAACUCACUGACAGCAGCAUCACACAGGUGGUGCAUUACCCAAACCUUUGCCGUCUGUCCCUCUCCAUGCUGCCGGAGAUCUCUGAUGCCAGCUUGGCGUCAGUAGCUUGGCACUGCCGCAGCCUCACCAGCCUGGCACUCAGCCACUGCCCAGGUAUCAGUGACCGUGGAGUGGCACAAGCUGUACCGUACCUACACAGGCUGCAGCAUCUCUACCUCUCCUGUUGUAACAACAUCACGGACAGAUCUUUGUUCCUCCUGAUGCAGCACUGUCCCCGUCUGCGAACACUCGACAUCUCAAGGUGCAAAAACAUAUCUGUAACAACUGUGGACCUCCUUCAAUGUCAGCUGCCCUUCUUGGAAAAUGUCCACUACAAAUUUAUAGGUGGGGCUAAUCCUACCAUGUGACUGAUUGACCAAAUGUCCACUGCAUGAUGACUGUUGGUCCUUUUCAGUAACUAAACGUUCUGACCAAAGCCUGCUCUGUGAGUUGGGCUCAACUAUAUGUCAUCCGGUAAGUGAUUUUAUAAGUCUCUUCUUUGUGAGACAGAUGCCACUUGAAUGAAACUAAUGUGGAAGUAAACAUUUCAUAUUUUUGUUUAUGCUUGGAUUCAAACAAAAAGGCAGGGCAGACAAAACUGUAACCGACUGAAAUAUCACACACCCUUGCCAUAAUAUUUCAAGACCAUCAGCAGUUUGGACCAAGCAUGAAAAGAUUGAAUGUAAUGUUUAUGUCAGUUUAUGUGGUGCAUCAUCACGGAGGGCACAGAUUUCAUCUAAGUAUGUGUACAAGUAUAUGUUAAAACUAAAAGAAACCCUGAAAGAAAAGAAGAAAAAAAGUACCACAGUAUCUCAUUAUAGUUCGAAUGUGAAUUGUUGUCUUGUACAUUUUGUUUUUAUGAGGAAGAUGUCGCCCAAACUAAAGACUUUGCUCAUUGUGUUAAUUGUCUUGAAGAAACAAGGUGCUUUAUCUACGCUUAAAGUUUAGGCAGAGAAAAAUGAAAGACGCUGUCCCAUAAGGAAUUAUGUUGAGAUUGAAAGAUUAAAAAAAAAAAAAAUAUAUAUAUAUAUAUAUAUAUAUAUAAAGGAGGGCAAGACUUUAUUUGGAGCUCACGCUGUAUAGCAUUAGUGACAGUACUUUUGACUUUUCUUGAUUAUUUAUUUUUUUAACAACAAAAAAGGAGAAAUAUUUUUCUAUCAAUCACAGUUCUGUAUUGCUUAAGAAGAAGUAAAGAUGGAUAUGAAGUGAAAUAGUUGUCCUCAAAUUGUUUCCUCAACUUCAACUUUUAGACCAAGAUACAUUUGAAUCUCAUGUUAUUUUUAACCUAUUGUUUGGAUUCAGUUCAAAUUUGCACUAAAAUUGCCUGAUAUUUGCCCAAUACUUCAAAGCAAUUUGAUUAUUCAAAUAUGUAUAUGUUAUAAAACUACAGCCGAGAGGUUUUUAAAUACAAAGUGUUCAUAGGCGUACAUUUCCCAAAUUCCUUUUAAAAGAAAGUUAAUUUAACUUAAAGGAACAGUAAGUAGGAUUUAGGGGGAUUUAUUGGAAGAAAUUGAAUAUAUUAUUCCUAAUUAUGUUUUCAUUAUUGUACGAUGACCUGAAACUAAGAAAUGUUGUGUUCUCGUUACCUUAGAAUGAGCCAUAUAUAUCUAAAUAUGGAGCUGGUUCACUGUCCGCCAUGUCGCACUGCUGUGUUUCGGCAUACCAAGUACUGGCUCUAGAGAGACCCUUUUGCAUUUUUACAUUACCUGAUGAUGAUAUUUUGGUACGAAACUUGUACAAAAACAAUAAAGGUGGUGCAGUAAAGCAAAAUGUUUAAAGUAAGGAGAAAAUGGAUUUUAAAAGUUAAUAUAUCACAAAGUUAAAAAAAAUAAAAAAAUGUUAUACUUUUGAAAAUGUAUAAAACAUUUAAUUUAAACACCAUGGAACCCUAUGGAGCACAAUAUUUAAAAUUGUAUCUCUUACAAUGUUUAAACUAGACACUCCAAGCUCCGCCAUAAUAUAUACUGUUACCACUUUUAAAGAUUUUGUACAGAUUUUUGAAAUUCUUUUUAGUUUUCAAGGUAUUCUUAUUUCCAUACUCUCCAUUCAUUCUAUAUUUCAUUUCCUACAACUUACAGAAUUAUAAGAAACUAAGAAACUUCAUGUUGCUUAUAAAAUACUCUGAGUUCUAAGCAAUGUUUCCUAUUUUUGGUCCGCCUGGUCUGUUUUUGUAAUAAUACAUGUAUAACCUCAACACUGUAAUGCAGAAUGACAUCAUUUACAAUCUCUUUUUCCACGACAAACUGCUCUAUCAGAAUAUGUACGCUACACUGAUGUAACAUGAAUGUAUAACUAGUUAUAUCACCAUAAAUACAAAAGGAAAACAAAAAUGGAAAUUGAAUCUCAGAUAUUUAUUCAAAUCUGUAUCUGUAUCACUUCCUCUACUACAUUAU